UCAAUUUGGCCAGCAGCCUUGUCUGCAGCUGGAGCGGAGCAGGAGGUGAGCUGCAGUCAGCCCAGGGAAGCCAUCCAGCCCCUCCUCGCUCGCACAUCCUCUGGAUACAGACACAUUUUCUCUCAUUCUCUCUCUGCCAUUUUCUCAGCUGCUGGUUGCAAAGAGGAGCUCAGCAGCAAUAAGCCACAGAACAGAUUUCAGCACCUUGGACAGCGGAGCCGGAAAAAAAUGGCUCCAGUCAUUUCCAGCAGUGGGGAGGCUUAUGCCGUGAUCCCCACGAUGGUUGGACUCGUGAGCGUGUUUGGCCUCGUGUUUACAGUUUCCCUCUUUGCCUGGAUCUGUUGCCAACGCAAAUCCACCAAAUCCAACAAAACUCCUCCUUACAAAUUUGUCCACGUGCUGAAGGGUGUCAACAUAUACCCCGAAAACCUAAACAGCAAAAAGAAAUUUGGGGCGGACGAAAAAACAGAACUAUCGCCCAAGUCGCACAUAUUAAAGACCUCACUUCAUCUUGACCUGGAGAAAAGAGACUUGAAUGGCAAUUUCCCAAAGGCAAAUAAAGUAAGGAGCUCUCCGGAUCUGGAGGAUUUUUCGCUGCCUCAAUUACAAGAAAAAGACAAGAAUUCGGUAUCUCCUGAAAGUAUCAACUCAACGUCGUCUCUGUCAUCAGUGGAGAAACAAGACAAGCUGGGAUCGCUCUUCUUCUCCUUAGAGUACAACUUUGAGAAGAAGGCAUUUGUGGUCAACAUCAAGGAAGCCCGGUCCCUUCCAGCAAUGGAUGAACAGUCAAUGACUUCAGAUCCUUACAUAAAAAUGACCAUCCUCCCGGAGAAAAAGCACAAGGUAAAGACAAGAGUCCUCCGGAAAACCCUUGACCCAGCCUUCGAUGAGACCUUCACCUUCUAUGGAAUCCCCUACAGCCAGGUGCAAGAUCUGGUCCUCCACUUCAUCGUCUUGAGCUUCGAUAGGUUCUCACGAGAUGAUGUCAUCGGAGAAGUCUACUUCCCUCUGUCUGGGAUUGAGCUGUCUGAUGGAAGAGUGUUGAUGAACCGAGAGAUCAAUAAGAGGAACGUCAGGAAGUCAGCAGGACGUGGGGAAUUGCUGAUCUCGCUGUGUUACCAGUCAACUACAAACACCUUAACAGUGGUGGUGCUGAAGGCGCGUCAUCUGCCGAAAGCCGACAUAUCAGGACUAUCAGAUCCGUACGUGAAGGUGAACCUGUACCAUGCAAAGAAAAGAAUCUCCAAAAAGAAAACUCACGUGAAGAAGUGCACCCCGAACGCGGUGUUCAAUGAACUGUUUGUGUUUGACAUUCCUUGCGAAGGCUUAGAAGACAUAAGUGUGGAGUUCCUGGUGAUGGAUUCAGACAGGGGCUCCAGGAAUGAGAUUAUCGGUCGAUUAAUCCUUGGAGCCUCAGCAGAUGGAACAGGUGGAGAACAUUGGAAGGAAAUCUGCGAACAUCCUCGGAGACAGAUUGCCAAGUGGCACAUGUUGUGUGAUGGUUAGCAGCAUUGAGUUGAACGGACUUCAGCAUUUCCAUUUAUUUAUUAAUUUUUUUACGUUUCUUUGCCAUGUAAAAUAAGAAGCUUGCAGUGACAUUCCUUUUUUUCUGUUGUCAACUGAGCAAACAAAGAAACAAUAGAAAAAUAGACAAAAAUAAGACGUGAAUUUUUGCCUAAAAACAAAAUACCAUCACCACCUUCACAUGAUAAAAUAGAAAGAUUUUUGCAAUUUACAGUCUGUUAAAUCUCUACCAAAUGUUUGGUCAAUGGCUUGUCCACCCAAAAACCAAUUAUCUUCGAGAAACUUCACAAGUAGCCAUUUUUUGUUAGGCUAUGCUCACAUUUUUCUAGUGUAUCCAAGGCAUACCCUUGGGUUUUUGCCAUAGAUUUUUUUUUUUUAUGCGGUUUUGGAUGUGGAUCCAGUCCAUGUCCAGGCCACCCAACAUGGAUUACUCAUAUCGAAGAAACAUAUUUUCACCUACUCACCUUUUUUCCACAAUGUGGCUUACAAAUUCGUAUUGGAAAAAAAAUCUAUGCUGUAAUUUACAGUGUGAACUAAGACAAAGAUUUUUAUUGAAAACAAUGGGGGCAUUAAUUCCUCGUAAUUUCUACACUGGGAUAAACCAAUAGUCUUCAAACUAUGGACCUCUAGAUAAGCCAAUAGUCUUCAAACUGUGGACCUCCAGAUGUUACAAAACCACAACUCCCGCCAUGACCGGAGAGCCGUCGGCUGUCCGUGCAUGUUGGGAGUUGUGGUUUUGUAACAUCUUGAAGUCCACAGUUUGGAGACCACUGGGAUAAACCUUUCUAGAAGUUUUCCCAUCUGGUCAAGCAAAUGCAAUGUGCUCUGUUAGGUAAAAUUU